AUGCAUGAAGAAGCUCUGGAACGGAAAUUCCAGUUGCGGGAGAAAGAGGAUCCUGGAUCUAUUAAUGAGGUCAUUAUUGCCGUUAAGAAACGCCAGGGAAGGGGGGAUUCCCUAGCUACAUGGCACAAAGACGGAUUAAUGUCAUUCUGUCAGAUCAGAGAUCAAGCCGUUAAUUAUUGUAACCAGGAGUUAGAAAAACAUAAUCAAAACAGAGGUGACUGGCCUGUUAGUAGGGAGCUUCGCAAGGAAUAUGCGAAGUCAUAUACCUGGCAUUGUAUUGAGGAGGAAGUCCAACACUUUCAUAGGCAAGCUACUGCCCAAGCUUUAAUGAGCCAGCUACCAGCCGGAGAUUCCAGGCCCCAAACAUUUACGCUUCAGACCUUUCACCCGGAGAACCUCGAGGAAGAAUCACAAUCUCGAUUCUGGAACUACGAAAAGGCACAGGCGCAUGGCCUAGGACUAGAACAGAAGCUAGAAAGCGUACCGUUACAUGCGUUCCUGGAUAAUCUCGUAAUCUUGAAAGGCAUUAAUGCGUACUUUCGUAACGAAAGGGCGAAAGAGGAACAAGAAUUUUUGAAGCAUGAAUGGUACCGCUUAGAUCAUAUCAAAACUCUCCUUAUAGAAACAAUUCUAACGGCUGAAAAUACGUUGGGAUGUCAUAUCGAUUUGUUACACCAGGAGCUUCGCAGUAGCCUCUUACAAUAUAUAGCAAAUGCUCUUGAGGCAUUACUAUCUUUUUGCCGGGCUAGAGCUUCUAUUAAAGAGUCGCUGGAACUAAAAGGAGAUAAUAUAGUUAGGGACGAGAGUAAUAACGAGAUAGACUUAGAGGUACAAGCAAAGUUUAUGGGAGAUUUGGAAGAAGAAACUUAA